CUGGGAUCGACAGUUUGUGCCAGCACUUCAACAGUUCAACAUCUUCGCGGUUUUUCUGAGUUUCGUCUGACGGUCGGUGGUCGUUGUACUCACCAGAAUAGAUCUGCGGUGCGCGGAGUUUCCGUUGAGAGGUGAUUCCGUUGAUAGCUAGCAAUUAAAAGAAAGCCCAUUAAAAAGGUGUAUGACCCACGGUCGAAAAGGAGCGAGCGCAAAAUAUCCCGUUUAGGAUUUAAAGAAAGCGGCUAAAAUCAAAACUGUAGCAACGUUGGAAAGCAAUAGAAACAUCAGGCGGAAAAUAUGGUGCCGAAGGCAAUAGUAAUCGUUUUAGUGUCGCUGUUGAUCGGUUUCACCGCGGCACAGCGACAGGACCAGGAGGACCCGUGUAAACUGAAAUCGAAGGUGGUCGGGGACGUGACCUAUUGCGACCGGUAUUGGGAAUGUGUCAACAAUCAGCCGGAGCUGUACGACUGUCCGAAUGGAUUGGUGUUUGCCGGGAAGCAUCGUGGCGUCACCGAAGGCUGUGACUACCCGUGGCGAUCGGACUACUGCGAUGGGAAACAGUUGGCAAAUGGGCCCAUUUCGACGGAACACUGCGACUGGCUGUACGGUAUCUUCGGUCAUGAAACGUCCUGCACUCGCUACUGGACAUGCUGGAACGGAACGGCAACCGAACAGCUCUGCAUCGGUGGACUGCUGUACAAUGAGAAUGCCCACAGCUGCGACUGGCCCGAAAACGUUGAAGGAUGUCAGAAGCACCCUCUUUGCAAUGAUGAUGCUAAUGGUAAUGUUCCACUAGGAAAGUCCUGCAAUCGUUACUGGCAGUGUCAGGGAGGUUAUCCACGGCUGCAACGGUGCCCAGCGAUGCUUGUGUUCGACCGGAGAAGUCUACGUUGCGUCGUUCCACCGACGGAGGAUUGUGAUGUUCCGACCACCCCGCUGCCACUGGAUGGAGAUUUAGAGCAGGGAAAGGGUAAUGCCAUUUCGAAUCUGCCACCCGGUGCCAUCCAGGGAAAGCCCAGUGGAGGACGAAACAAAAACUAAACUCGUGAUAAUGACUGUUGAGACGCCAUUGCUGCUUGUUCGCGAAGGGUUUUUCCUCAACAACUUUUAGGUCGAACCCUUUCCACGUCUAUUGUGUAACCAAUGGAAGUCCGCUUCGGCGCUGCUGUAGCAAAAAUUUAUAUUAUACUUGACAUUUCAUUUCGGAAAGUGGUCGGUUUGGACACAUCGAACACAGCCACGGCACAACAAAUCUACGUUCAACGAAAACAAUAUGUUCUAGCCGCCGACAUCACCAUCGGGCUAAACAGACAAAGCCAAAUGUGCGGAAGAAAACUUCAUAAGUUUUGUACAUAAAUAAUAUUUUUAAUUGAAAAUAAUGUUUAAAAUAUUGUAUUAUUUUCCACUCGUUUUUAUUGUGCUUUUUAUUUAAAAUCGGAAAGAAGAGGAAGGCGUAAAAAGCGAAAGAUAAAUAAAGUAUUAAGAUAAUAGAAA